AUGAACAACUCAAUGAUCUUGCGGAUCUUUCUUGUUUUGAUUGGUACGGUGCGCAUUAGCAACGCCCAGAGCUUUAGCUCUUUUGGGCCUGGAUUUUGCACAGAGACUGCCGAUAGGUUUUACGAUCAGGCAGAAGCUGAGCCGCUUGACAGCGCAAACGAAUGCUUUGACAAGUGUUUGGAAGCGGACGAUACCGACUUGGUUGGAUUCAGCUACAAGCCGGGCAACAAACGUUGCCGUUGUUACUACAAUGAGAACUCAAACGUCGUCAGUACAUGUGAUCCUUUGAUCUUUACCAAUGGUUGCGACGAUCGAUAUUCUGGAACAGGAUCUGUCGGUGCCACUUCGGGCUCUGCGACAUGGACUUGUUAUAUCUACGAUCCUAGUCCGUCAGCAGCACCGUCUACUUUGAAUCCUCCUACUGCGGGACCUACUAGUCUGCCAACUUCAGGGCCUACAUCUGGGCCGACAAUGAACCCCACCUCGGGUCCAACCUCUCUACCUACUUCUGUACCCACUUCAGGGCCUACGUCAAUGCCAUCAUCUGGUCCUUCAAGCGGUCCAACCAGUGGACCUACUUCUGCGCCAAGCAGUGUGCCUACGAGUGGACCAACUUCUGGGCCGACUAGAAUUCCGACCAGUGGACCUACAUCUGGACCAACACCUUUUCCUACUUUUGGCCCGUCUGCAGGUCCAACGUCAAGUCCAACAACAGGACCUACAAGUGGACCAACAAAUGGACCGACUUCCGAACCUACCAUGGGACCAACAAGUGGACCAACAACAAAUCCUACCUUUGUUCCAACGAGUGGACCAACAGCUGGUCCAACAAGUGGACCCACCAGCAGCCCCACAUCUGGCCCUACAAACGAGCCUACUUUGGGUCCUACAGCCGGACCAACCAGAGGACCAACUUCGGGACCCACAAGAGGUCCAACUUCUAGCCCCACAUCAGGACCAACUUUUGGACCAACUUCUACCCCGACUGCAGGCCCUACCUCUGGCCCCACACCAGGACCAACAAGUGGACCAACCUCAGGUCCUACAACUGCACCGACUUCUGGGCCUACUUCCGGACCCACAUCGGGACCGACUGAUGGACCAACUGAUGAACCAACUGAUGGACCAACUAGGCAGCCUACAUCUGGACCAACUAGUGGACCUACUGCUGGCCCCACCCCAGGUCCUACAUCGAGCCCAACAAACGGUCCAACCUCAGGACCUACAUCUCUACCAACUAACGGUCCUACGUCAGGACCUACAAGCGCCCCUACCAGCGUACCAACCAAUGGGCCGACAUUACGGCCAACACUAGGACCCACAAGCGGGCCAACCAGUGGACCGACCUCUGGACCAACCAACGGUCCGACUUCUGCGCCUACUUCCAGCCCUACUAGCGCACCGACCUCUGGACCAACCAACGACCCAACAUCUGAACCAACACGCGGGCCAACUUCAGGACCUACGUCUGGACCAACGGGCGGCCCAACAUCAGGUCCAACAAGCGGACCAACGAAUGAGCCCACAUCUGGACCUACCUCUGGUCCAACCAGCGCACCCACACCGGGACCCUCAUCAACUCCAACAUCUGAACCAACAAGUGGACCUACCAGGAAACCUACUUCUGGACCAAGUGCCGGACCAACCAGUGGCCCUACCUCUGGGCCAACCUCUGGGCCCACCUCUGCGCCAACACAACGUCCGACAAGUGGACCAACAAGCGGGCCAACUAGCGGACCUACUUCUGCACCAACAUCAGGACCAACAAGCGCGCCUACAAGUGGCCCAACCAGUGGACCGACUUCCGGACCGACUUCAGAUCCUACCAUUGGUCCCACUGCUGGACCAACAAGCGGCCCUACAUCUGGUCCGACUAGUGGACCUACUUCCGGACCGACUUCUGCACCAACAUCAGGACCAACAAGCGCGCAUACAAGUGGCCCAACCAGUGGACCGACUUCCGGACCGACUUCAGGUCCUACCAUUGGUCCCACUGCUGGACCAACAAGUGGCCCUACAUCUGGUCCGACUAGUGGACCUACUUCCGGACCGACUUCUGCACCAACAUCAGGACCAACAUCAGGACCAACAAGCGCGCCUACAAGUGGCCCAACCAGUGGACCGACUUCCGGACCGACUUCAGGUCCUACCAUUGGUCCCACCGCUGGACCAACAAGUGGACCUACUUCUGGACCUACAUCUAGUCCAACUAGCGGACCUACUUCCGGACCGACUUCUGCACCAACAUCAGGACCAACAAGUGGCCCUACAUCUGGUCCGACUAGUGGACCUACUUCCGGACCGACUUCUGCACCAACAUCAGGACCAACAUCAGGACCAACAUCAGGACCAACAAGCGCGCCUACAAGUGGCCCAACCAGUGGACCGACUUCCGGACCGACUUCAGGUCCUACCAUUGGUCCCACCGCUGGACCAACAAGUGGACCUACUUCUGGACCUACAUCUAGUCCAACUAGCGGACCUACUUCCGGACCGACUUCUGCACCAACAUCAGGACCAACAAGCGCGCCUACAAGUGGCCCAACCAGUGGACCUACUUCCGGACCGACUUCAGGUCCUACCAUUGGUCCCACCGCUGGACCAACAAGUGGACCUACUUCUGGACCUACAUCUAGUCCAACUAGCGGACCUACUUCCGGACCGACUUCUGCACCAACAUCAGGACCAACAAGUGGCCCUACAUCUGGUCCGACUAGUGGACCUACUUCCGGACCGACUUCUGCACCAACAUCAGGACCAACAUCAGGACCAACAUCAGGACCAACAAGCGCGCCUACAAGUGGCCCAACCAGUGGACCGACUUCCGGACCGACUUCAGGUCCUACCAUUGGUCCCACCGCUGGACCAACAAGUGGACCUACUUCUGGACCUACAUCUAGUCCAACUAGCGGACCUACUUCCGGACCGACUUCUGCACCAACAUCAGGACCAACAAGCGCGCCUACAAGUGGCCCAACCAGUGGACCUACUUCCGGACCGACUUCAGGUCCUACCAUUGGUCCCACCGCUGGACCAACAAGUGGACCUACUUCUGGACCUACAUCUAGUCCUACCAUUGGUCCCACCGCUGGACCAACAAGUGGACCUACUUCUGGACCUACAUCUAGUCCAACUAGCGGACCUACUUCCGGACCGACUUCUGCACCAACAUCAGGACCAACAAGUGGCCCUACAUCUGGUCCGACUAGUGGACCUACUUCCGGACCGACUUCUGCACCAACAUCAGGACCAACAUCAGGACCAACAUCAGGACCAACAAGCGCGCCUACAAGUGGCCCAACCAGUGGACCGACUUCCGGACCGACUUCAGGUCCUACCAUUGGUCCCACCGCUGGACCAACAAGUGGACCUACUUCUGGACCUACAUCUAGUCCAACUAGCGGACCUACUUCCGGACCGACUUCUGCACCAACAUCAGGACCAACAAGCGCGCCUACAAGUGGCCCAACCAGUGGACCUACUUCCGGACCGACUUCAGGUCCUACCAUUGGUCCCACCGCUGGACCAACAAGUGGACCUACUUCUGGACCUACAUCUAGUCCAACUAGCGGACCUACUUCCGGACCGACUUCUGCACCAACAUCAGGACCAACAAGUGGCCCUACAUCUGGUCCGACUAGUGGACCUACUUCCGGACCGACUUCUGCACCAACAUCAGGACCAACAUCAGGACCAACAUCAGGACCAACAAGCGCGCCUACAAGUGGCCCAACCAGUGGACCGACUUCCGGACCGACUUCAGGUCCUACCAUUGGUCCCACCGCUGGACCAACAAGUGGACCUACUUCUGGACCUACAUCUAGUCCAACUAGCGGACCUACUUCCGGACCGACUUCUGCACCAACAUCAG